AUGGGAGGUUCUGGCUCAAUACCCCCCUAUCUGGAUCAGACCUUUUCUCCCAUCCCGGGGAUUAAUCGAAUCACAGGGCCGUCUGCCGGCACCCGGAGUCGUAGGGGGGCAUCAGCAGACGGGCCUGAUUCAACUGUGGCCUUACCCCUUCGGGCGGUCGGGCCCCCUCCAGCCGAUCAAAAUGAGUUGCAGGUAUUGCAAUAUUGGCCUUUCUCUUCGUCUGAUCUAUAUAAUUGGAAAGCUAAUAACCCCUCUUUUUCGGAGAAUUCUGCCGCCCUUACAGGUUUGGUCGAGUCACUAAUGUACUCACACCAGCCCACAUGGGAUGAUUGCCAGCAACUUCUAAACACCCUUUUUACUACCGAGGAGAGAGAGCGGAUUGUCACAGAGGCAAGAAAGACAGUUCGUGAACCCGCUGGGCAACCGGCGCUGACGGCUGCGGAAGUCGAUGAGCUGUUUCCCAUAACGCAACCACAAUGGGACUAUAAUACUACAGCAGGUAGGGAACGGCUGUCCAUCUACCGCCGGGCUCUGGUAGCGGGACUUAGAGGGGCGGCAAGGAAACCCACAAAUUUGGCAAAGGUAAGAGAAAUUAUGCAAGGGUCGAACGAGCCCCCCUCUGUAUUUCUCGAACGGCUUAUGGAAGCCUAUCGAAUAUACACUCCCUUUGACCCAACGUCAGAGGGACAGAGGGCAUCUGCUAUCAUGUCCUUCAUUGGACAAUCGGCCUCGGAUACAAAAAGAAAAUUACAACACAUCGAGGGGUUACAAGAUUAUACCCUCCGGAUGUGGUUAAAGAGGCCGAGAAAGUAUAUCACAAGAGAGAAACGGAGGAAGAGAAAAGGGAGACGUCAGGGAGCUGGGAAACCGCAGGCAGGUUACCUGGGCGACAAUAGAAGACAAGGACCCAGGAGAUCCGGAGGGGGAAAAGGGCGAAUCGGUUUGGAAAAAGACCAGUGUGCAUUUUGCAAGGAAAAAGGACAUUGGACACGAGAGUGCCCUAAGAGAAAGGGGCUAAAAAUCAUGGCCCUAGAAGAAAACGAAGACUAG